UGGCAGCGGGCACCCAGGGCCUGGCCCGGCCGUCCCGGGGAGCCGGGCAGUGCCCGGGCGCAGCCCCGCGUCCUUCUGGGCAGUGGCUCUCACUUCUUUCUCUCCUUUCUUUUUUCCCUCGCCGUUCCAAGGCCAGCGAUUCGGGGCCGGGAUCCCAGCGAUGCCAUAAAGACCGCGGCUGGCAGGGAGGCUUUGGAAGAGGCAGCAUUCGCGGGGAGCAGCCCGGGACGAGCUUAUUCCAUGUCGGAGCAGCACCGACACCCCUGCCCCGUGCCACCCACUCCCCCUGCGCCCCGGGCAGCCCAGGAGAGGAGAGGGACGGCUCGCCGAGAGCAGCUUAAGCAAAGGAAAAGGUGACCACGAUGCUGCACCAUGGGAAGCACUGGAGGUCCAUGUGCAAGGGGCUCGUCCUGGGGACCCUCCUGACCAGCUUCAUGCUGCUGCUCUACUCCUAUGCCAUCCCCCCACUGCAAGUCAGCAUGACAGAGCUCCCCGUCCCCGCCUCCUGCUCCUCCUACCCGGCUACCAGCAAGGCGCCGGCAGCGUCCAGCAACGGCACGGGCAGCGCGCCGGGCCGCAGCUGCUCGCCCAAGCUCAACAUCAUGUUCAUGAAGACCCACAAGACGGCCAGCAGCACCAUCCUCAACAUCCUCUUCCGCUUCGGGGAGAAGCACGGCCUGAAGUUCGCCUUCCCCAACGGCCGCAACGACUUCUACUACCCUGCCUUCUUCGAGCGCAGCCAGGUGCAGCACUACCGCCCGGGCGCCUGCUUCAACAUCAUCUGCAACCACAUGCGGUUCCGCCACCGCGAGGUGCGCAGCCUCCUGCCGCCCGACGCCGCCUUCGUCACCGUGCUGCGGGACCCUGCCUACCUCUUCGAGUCCUCCUUCCACUACUUCGGCCGCGUCAUCCCCCUCACCUGGAAGCUGGCCGGGGAGGACAAGCUGGCCGAGUUCCUCCGGGACCCCUGGCACUACUACGACCCCAGCGGGUUCAACGCUCACUACCUCCAAAACCUCCUCUUCUUCGACCUGGGCUACGACAACAACAUGAACGCCGAGAGCCCGCUGGUGGAGGAGCACAUCCGAGAGAUCGAUCGCCGCUUCCACCUCGUCAUGUUGCUCGAGUACUUCGACGAGUCGCUGGUGCUGCUGAAGGACCUGCUGUGCUGGCAGCUGGAGGACGUCCUCUACUUCAAGCUCAACGCCCGCAAGGGCUCCACCGUCUCCCGGCUGACGCCGGAGCUCUACGAGAAGGCCACCUCCUGGAACCUCAUCGACGCCAAGCUCUACCGCUACUUCAAUGCCACCUUCUGGCGGAAAGUGGAGGCCUACGGCAGGGAGCGGAUGGCCAAGGACGUGGCCGAGCUGCAGCGGGAGAACGAGAAGAUGAAGAGCAUCUGCAUCGACGGGGGGCACCCCGUGGAUGCCAGCGCCAUCCAAGAGUCCUCCAUGCAACCCUGGCAGCCUCUGGGGGAGAAAUCCAUCCUGGGCUACAACUUGAAGAAGAAGAUCAACAAGAAGCACCAGAAGCUGUGCCGCAAGAUGCUGACGCCCGAGAUCCAGUACCUGACUGACCUGGGGGUCAACCUCUGGAUCACCAAGCUGUGGAGCCGCGUCAGGGACUUCCUGAAGUGGUAGGGGGCGGCGGGCACCCCGCCGGCCCCAGGGCAGAGCCAGGUGCUUUCCUCCUUCAUCCUCGUGCUGUCUUGCCAUGGGACCCGAGCAGCACCAGCUGGAGGCUGUGGCGCCCAGAAACACCCCGGGGGACCCUCCCCUAGAGCCCCAGCUCGGGCUGCCGCCGCCCACCGGCGAGGAGCGGAGCCUCUGCCCCAGCCCUGC